GGUACAGCUCUGUCGAAGAUGCACUGGACACCGGAACACGCCCAGCCCCUUAACCAGUGGCCAGAGCAGCACCUAGACGUCUCCUCCACCACCCCGUCACCGGCCCACAAGUUGGAGUUACCCCCUGGGGGUCGCCAGCGCUGCCAUUAUGCUUGGGCACACGAUGACAUCUCCGCCCUCACCGCCUCCAACCUUCUCAAGCGCUACGCGGAGAAGUACUCAGGGGUCCUGGACUCGCCCUACGAGCGCCCCACCCUGGGCGGCUAUGGCGACACCGCCUUCCUCAACGGCGCCAAGGGAGACUCCGAGCCCUGGCCAGGGCCCGAGCCGCCCUACCCCUUGGCCUCACUCCACGACGGCCUCCCGGGAACCAAGUCGGGCAGUGGGGGCGGUUCCGGAGGCCUGGGAGGCUCCCCAGUUUUAGCCGGGAACCUGCCUGAAACCCUCUACGCCGGCAAUGCGUGCGGGGGCCCGUCGGCGGCGCCAGACUACGCUGCAGGCUACGGAGGGGGGUACCUGGCGCCCGGCUACUGCGCGCAGACGGGCGCUACGCUGCCCCCGCCGCCCCCAGCCGCGUUACUGCAGCCACCGCCUCCGCCCGGGUAUGGCCCCUCGGGGCCUCUGUACAACUAUCCCACAGGGGGCUACGCCGCGCAGCCCGGCUACGGUGGCCUUCCGCCGCCGCCGGCCCCGCCGCCUACCCCCUACCUGACCUCGGGCCUGGCAGCGCCCACGCCCCUGCCCACGCCGGCCCCAUCCCGGCCGGCGCCCACCUCCUACAGCUUCCAGGCGGCCGCUCCGGCUGCGGAGGCCGGGGUCUCGCUGAAGCGCAAGGCCGCCGACGAGGUUGCAGAGGGCCGCUACCGCAAGUACAUCUACGAGCCCGCCAAAGCCCCCGCGGCCGACGGCGCCUCCUACCCCACCGCGGACAACGGCGAGUGUCGGGGCAACGGGUUCCGAGCAAAGCCAACGGGAGUCGCGGAGGAGGGGUCGGGCAAGUACGGUGGCGGCGUCCCCCUCAAAGUGCUGGGCUCCCCUGUGUACGGCCCACAGCUCGAGCCCUUUGAAAAGUUCCCGGAGCGGGUCCCGGCGCCGACUCCCCGUGGGGGCUUCGCGGUGCUGUCGGGAGAGGCUCUCAAAAGCGUGGACCCGGGAGCCCUGGAGCUAGUGACAAGCAAGAUGAUGGACUGCGGCCCCCCUGUGCAGUGGGCAGAUGUAGCAGGCCAGGGCGCGCUCAAAGCGGCGCUGGAAGAGGAGCUGGUAUGGCCCCUGCUGAGGCCACCCGCCUACCCGGGCAGCCCACGCCCGCCGCGGACCGUGCUGCUCUUCGGGCCGCGGGGCUCCGGCAAGGCACUGCUGGGCCGCUGCCUCGCCACGCAGCUGGGCGCCACGGUGCUGCGCCUGCGCGGCUCGGCGCUGGGGGCUUCGGGCGCCACGGAGGGCGUGCGCCUCCUCCAGGCCGCCUUCGCGGCUGCGCGCAGCCGCCCGCCAGCAGUGCUCCUCAUUAGCGAGCUGGACGCGCUGCUCGCAUCUCGGGACGAUGGCGGCGGCGCCGCCGCCGGCGCGCUGCAGGCGCCGCUUCUGGCCUGCCUGGACAGUGGCUGUGGUGCGGGGGCUGACGGCCUGCUGGUGGUGGGCACCACGUCGCGGCCGGCGGCCCUGGAUGAGGCGACCCGCAGGCGCUUCGCUCUCCGCUUCUACGUGGCGCUGCCCGAUGGUCCGGCCCGCGGGCAGAUCCUGCAGCGAGCUUUGGCCCAGCAGGGCUGCGCGCUGAGUGAGCGUGAGCUCGCGGCCCUGGUGCAGGGCACCCAGGGCUUCUCCGGCGGCGACCUGGGGCAGCUGUGUCAGCAGGCAGCAGCCGGGGCGGGCCUCCCGGGUCUGCAGCGUCCCCUCUCCUACAAAGACUUGGAGGCAGCAUUAGCCAAGGUGGGCCCUAGGGUCUCCCCCAAGGAGCUGGACUCGUUCGUGGAGUGGGACAAAAUGUAUGGCUCCGGACACUGA